GUACAUAUUUUAUAUAUAAUAUAAUAUAAUAUAUAUUAAUAAUAUUAUAUAGCAUUAUAUACCAUAUUAUACAUAUAAUAUAUACAGUAAUAUAGUAAAAAUAUACUGCUAUUUCUAUUAUACCUUUACGGAAGGCAACGGGGAGGUAGACGAGAUGGCAGAGGAAGACAACGAGGGGAGGAGGAGGAGGAGGAAGACGAUGUUGAGGACAAGGAGAUGGCGGGCGAAGAUGACUUGGGGGAGGACCGGGUGGAAGAUGGCGACGGGAAGGUGGGGCAGAUGGAGGAGGGCAACGAUGGGGAGGAAUGACGAUGGGAAGGUGGAGACGAUGGAGAAGGGAACGUGGUGGAGGAUAUGGAGGUCGAAGACGACGACGAUGACUGGACGAUGACUGCGGGGGAAGAUGACUGUGGGAAGGAACGGGUGAAAGAUGACGACGGGAAGAUGGGGUUGAUGGUGGAGGGCGACGAUGGGGAGGAAAGACGACGAGAAGGUGGAGACAAUGGAGGAGGGAAGGUGGUGGAGGAUAUGGAGGUGGAAGACGACGACGAUGACGGGACGAUGACUGCAGGGAGGAGCGGGUGGAAGAUGGCGACGGGAAGGUGGGGCAGAUGGAGGAGGGCGACGAUGCAAAGGAAAAACGACAGGAAGGUGAAGACGAUGGAGGAGGGAAGGUGAUGGAGGAUAUAGAGGUAGAAGACGAUGACGAUCACAUACACACACACACACACACACACACACACAGCGGCGCCGGGGGGUAACGAGAGGGGGGGGUAAGACCUUCCCACCACGAUUUCGAAGGUUUCCCUUUCCCUCGACACUACCCCCUAACCCUGCUUUGGCCCCGACCCAUCCCCCCGCCCACCCUCCAACCCCUACGGGCGAAAUCAAGCCCGGGAAAUGGU